AUGGACUUAUUAAGGUCAAAUUCGGGUGAUUUAGCACUCGAAGAAGAAGACAUACCAGGUGCAAAACUUCAAAAACCCGUGGAACAAUGUACAGUUGCAGUUUUGAAGCGGUGGUUAUCAUGCCGUGGUGCGAAAGUCACGGGGAAGCGAGAAGAGUUAGUGAAAAGGGUCAAUGAUUACAUUAAAAACGGACUACACAAAAAGUUAGUGGAUCCAGAUGGUGGUGUAAAUUUGGCAAAGAAAAGAGUAGAGUUUGGCCUUGCUGAAGAAGUACACCCUCUAGAGAAUGAAAAUUUCCCUUCCUCUGGGUUUGAGUGUGGAACAGUCAAUCUCCCAAGAAUUUCUUAUCGCAACAUUUGGAAGUACUUGAUAGAAGAUGUCGAACUAAAAAAGCAGUUGUCCACAGAAAAGCCUAUUGUUAAGGGCUACAAUUUUUAUAAAUCUGGCCAUGUACUACAGAUUUUCUCCAAAAAAGAAGACAAUAAUCACUACGUUUUAAGCAAGGUUCGUCCAUCAAUGAAAAAGGGAAAAGUGUACACAGUAAAGAUUAUCUUUUCGUUGAAUGGCGAUAUUUCCAAUGCAUUUUGUUGCUGUCCAGCUGGAGUUGAUGGUCGAUGUAAUCACCUUGCAGCAACUUUGUUCUCAAUAGAAGACAAAACUAGUAUGGAUUAUGGUAUGAUAGCUUCUAAGGCAAUUUGUGAGACACCAUCAGAAAAUGUACCAUGCACAUCAAAGCCUUGCACAUGGAAUGUUCCUGCAGGAAAACGCAAACUAACAUCACAACCAAUCCAGUCUGUAAAAUUUCAGAAACAUGAAUAUGGGAAGGUAACCAAACAUUUUGCAAAGGAGUAUGGUGAUGUUCGAGCACCCCAUGAAAGAAGUACUUCAAGUUGUGACCUGAAAGCUUUUUAUAACAAAGUAAAAGAGGUUGAAGAAAAGACUGGCAAGAUGAUGGGCUUAAGUUUAAUAUUACCACAUGAUCUUCCAGAAGUUACUGAUAAUUCUGCUGAUGCAACUGAGUCACAGGGUAUUUUAGAAAACCUGCAUCCUGAUGAAUAUCUGUGGAAAAUAACUUCACCAGACAAGUCAAAUCCUAUGUCACUAAAUGAGAUUUCUGCUAAGGCUGAACAAGUCAAAAAAUGCUUGUUUAAUUCAGCUAACAACCGUGAGCUAAUUGAGAGCAAAACCAGGGACCAACAUAAUUCCAUGCUGUGGUACAAUGUGCGUAAGCCAAGAAUAACUGCAUCACAGGGAAAAAGAUGUCUUUUGAAAGAAAGCACAAGCCCAACAAAGGCAAUAUCUGAAAUACUUAUGUACAAACCAAAGGUACAAACAUGUCAAAUGAAGAAGGGAAUUGAGAUGGAAUCAAAGAUUAUUGACAGGUUUUGUCAAGAAACAGGAAAUACUGUAAAAAAAUGUGGGUUCUUUAUAUCUGAAAGUCAUCCCUAUUUAGGUGCUAGUCCUGAUGGAAUCACCGAGAAAGGAAAUUUGAUUGAAGUAAAAUAUGUAACUUCUAAAGAAGGUGAAUCGAUGGAGGACACCCCAUGUAGAUUAAGAAUCUACAAGAAGAAUGGAACCAACAUUGAAAUAAACAACAAGCACAAGUACUAUCAUCAAGUUCAGCAACAACUUUUUUGUAGUAAUUACAUAGCUUGUCAUUUUGUUGUGUCAAAUGGUGUCUGGUUGCACUCUGAAGUAGUUGAAUAUAAUACCACCUUUUGGAAUAAUGUGAUAACACAACUUGAGACAUUCUAUUUCGCAAAUAUUUUCCCAGAGUUAGUAUACCCCAGGGUACUUUACAAUGAACCACGCUGGAAUAAGGUCAUACCUUUUCCAACUGAGUAA